AUGGCUGACGGAGGAGCUACGAGAAUGCUCAACAUAUUGGUGGCACUUUACACAUUCGCACUAUGCUCUGGGGCAAAUGUUAAAAUUGGUGUCCCUGAAAACUACAAUGGUAUUUUCCCAUGGUAUCUGUCCAAGCUCCAUAGCCUUCCAAGUAAUUACAGCGACCUGGUGGUAACCGGGGAUGAUGAGGGCAUAUUUGGAGUUGACGCUCAGUUUCUCUACGCUCUAAAACCACUGGACAGAGAGAAGCAGCCGUCUUACUCCCUGCAGGUCUCCUUCAGAACGUCAGCGCACAGACAGAGCUUCACUGUCGAAGUGUGUGUCAUCGACAAGAAUGACAACGUACCCUCCUUCAUAGAGGAGAGCAUGAGAGGCAGCGUGCAGCUCGGGCUGCUCAAAGGGAUCCCAUUCAUGCAGGUGGAUGCAGUGGAUCGUGAUGAACGCAACACCGCCCACGCAGAGCUGCGGUUCCGCCUCAUGGAACAGACGCCCAGGAUUCCCUCCAGCCAAAUGUUCUUCAUCAACUCCAUCACCGGAGAAGUUUCCCUCACAGAGGAAGGAGCCUCUACUCUUGACCCGGAGAUGUGCGGCCGUUACAAGCUCUCGGUGAUGGUGAAUGACAUGGCGGGGAAGUCAAACGCCUUCUUCUCCAGCGGCAUCGUUACCGUCGAGGUGACAGGAAACACCUGGGCAUCGCCCGACCCCGUACGACUCCAGGAGAACCUGCCGGGCCCUUAUCCAAUCCCCAUCUCACAGGUCAAAUGGAGUGGAAGCCAGGCGCAGUACAGUCUGGAGGGGGAGUUCCCAGAGAUGCUCUUCACCAUCAGCAGAGAAGGAGUAAUUUAUCUCAACGCCCCUCUGGACAGAGAGACACAAGAUCAGUUCCAGAUCAGCAUUGUGGUUGAGCGUCCAGACGGCAGAGAGAUUGCCAAGCCUGUGGAGCUGAGGGUAAUGGUGGGCGACGCCAACGAUAACAGGCCCACCUUUCCCCAGGCACAGUACCAUACCGUGGUCAAGGAACUGGCCUCUCGAGGUACUGAAAUUCUCACAGUACAGGCAGCAGAUAACGACGAUCCUAAAACGGACAACGUACGGAUAUUCUACCGUUUAGUUGGUCAAAUUCCAGAGAGUCCUCGGGCCCUCUUCCGAGUGGACCGUGACUCAGGGGUCAUCUCCGUCCAAGCAGACAGUAUGGAGGGAACAGCAUCUCAAUACACCCUCACAAUCACUGCUGAGGAUGCCAAAGGUCUAAACAGUUCGUGCACUGUGGUUGUCACGGUGCAGGAUGAGAACAACAACCCACCAGUCUUCUCCCAACACGAGUAUGGGCCCUUCCACAUUCCAGAGGACGCCUCAGUGGGAACCACGGUAACAGCUGUGCUGGCAGGCGAUGCAGAUGUUCUAGGAGGAGACAGCUGGAAGGUGGACUACCGUUUGGAGUCUGGAAACGAGGAAGAGGUCUUUACAUUGGUGACAGACAAGCAGACCAAUGAGGUCUCCCUCAUCCUUUCAAAGGUCUUGGACUUUGAGCGGGAGAGUGAGUAUAUCCUCGUGAUCAGUGCUCAGAACCCAGUGGCUCUGGUCCGUGGUCGAUAUGGACCCGCUUCCACGGCAACAGUCUCCAUCUACGUCGACGAUGUAAAUGAAGGUCCUAUCUUGUCUCAAAGCCAUUAUGAGGUGACAGUCAGAGAGGGCGAGGAACCGGGACGGGUUAUCGCCACCAUCAGAGGUUACGACCCUGAUUCUCACCCAAUCAGAUAUUCUCUCCAAGGGGACACCAAGAAAUAUUUUUCAAUAGGGAAGUAUUCUGGGGAACUAAAGACUGUGCAGGCCUUGGACAGAGAGGAGAACAGCACGUACACCAUGGAGGUCAUUGCAGUUGAUGGCCGAAACUCUUCCUUAUCUGCAUCCACCCUGGUGACGGUCCAAAUCCUGGAUGUCAACGACAACAGCCCGGUGCUGGUCGGAGACUAUUCCUGGAAGUACCUGUGUACGCCUCGCUGGGAGGACCAAGCUCUGGUGCUAGCCUCACGGGACAGUGAUGGGCCACAGCAUGGAGGACGCCUGAACUUCUCCCUGCGAAGCGAUGCCACAGUCCGUCGGAACUGGAAGCUCACACCUAUUAAUGAUACACACACCAACCUGUCCUUAAACAUCCCGUACCUGGCCCCUGAGGUCUACACUGUGCCCUUCACAAUCUCUGACAGCAGCUCUCCUCCCAGGAGCACCUUCAUAAACUUGCCAGUGACCGUGUGUCCCUGCAACGUUAGAGGGAACUGCAAAAUGGCUGCCAAGCAGUUGGAGGGUAUGCCAACUAUUCAGUCCACAGUGGGGAUUCUGCUUGGCACCUUCGCAGUCAUCGGGACUAUUCUCAUUGUUGUGUUUGUGAGAAUCUCCUACCAGAACCCCAAACAGCCGAGCAAAACUCACCAGGAGCGAGUCCCCCUGAAGAUCUCUGUCUAACUAGAAUGCUGGUGUGUUGGGUCUGUCCUGCUCACUGCCUCGGCCAACUGGACCCAUGUAACAAUGUUGCUUUCAGGGCAACGCUGUGAAUGUCUGAAAAUGAAUGUAAAUUUCAGUAAUUAAAACUAAGUUCAGUUGUACAGUCACCUGAGAGCAGAAUUUAGAUUAUUAGACUGUCAUUAAGUUAUCUUUCAAAAUUUUCCUUUUUUUCUCUGUGCAUAUUUUUACAACGGAGUAGAAAAAUGACAGUUUGAAACAAAAUAUUUCAGAAGCGUAAAAUGAAUUUUUCAAUUGGGGCUUCUAAACACAAAAUUCAAAGUUGCCCCCCUCCACGUCCUCAACGAGGUUACAGUGCGUUCCACCAGGGGGAAAGCCAACUCCAGAUUUUACUCAGGUUUAGCAUAAAAGCUUCUCUUUUUGGUACUUCACUUUGCUUUAUAUGCAAAAUGUUUUAUUUUUAUUGCUUUCUCUUAGAUGCAUGAUUACAAUCUGGCAACUAGUUUUCUCAAAUUUUACAAUGCAGAGGAUCACUGCUAAUGUAAACACAAACACACACUUCAAAAGUUAAAGUUAACACAGAUCAUUUGAGUCAAAACAUAGUUUUUCAGACAAAUCCUUGCUCGUGCUUUUACUCUUUGCAGAAAGAGAAAGAGGUGCAGUCACAAAAUGUUCCUCUUACAGACACCAAAUUUCAGUCAAAUGAAUCAGAUAUUAAAAGCUGCCCAAUUAUGCAAUUAACUUCCAAUUAUUUUUUUCAAAAGACAGUUUCAAUAAAUUGUUCCCACUGAGAAAGGAACAAGAAUAUACAUGUACACAGUGUGCUGGGGCAUCAGUAAUAGAUGAGCUAAUAUAAGUGAUUCCCAUCAGGAGCAGCUGGAAACCAAACCAAAACUAAAGGAUCUGUGUGUAUUGGACAGAAACAUAACUCCACCGGGAUGAUGACAUCUCUCCAUGAUGCUGCUAGAUGUCUGUUAAAAAGAUAAGAUGAUUAUGCAUGUCUGUAGCGUGUCUCUUGUCUCCUGUGCCCCAAAAUUAUAUAUAAUAUAAUAUUAGUUAACAGCAAUAUGACAUCGUUUAAACUGUGACUUUAACAUAAACGCAAAGCCGACACAGCACAACUUUUAGAAAUGUAUUCUUAGAUUUAUUUGCAAAGUCCUCUUAUUGUCUUCUCCUUGUUCUGUCUUUGUUAGCUUCAUUUAUUCCUCCACACUUGUAUUUUUAAUUGAUUGGUUCCUUGUGUAUUGUUCGUGUGCUUGUUUCUGUGUCAGCAUGUAGGAGUCUGACUUAGUGGCAUCGCUUUUGUUACCCAGUUCUCCCAGUGCUUUGUACUCUAUGUCCUGCUGCCAGUCAUUUGCAUAUCCUGGUUUUAUUGUCUGCUACUCAGUACUUGCUUGACUGCCAUUAUGUACCUACAUGUGGACGUCCAGCUUGUUUCAUAGAUUGAUAAAAUUAUCUGCUGCCUACCCUUCUGCCCUCAUUUGGUCCAGUUCCUCUUGCUCUC